AUGGAGACAAGGCAAAGCGGAGACAAACCAAACCAACGCCGAAGCGGGCAAAAUAGUCCAAAGAUCGAAAGACGCCAGCAAUCCAAAGGAAACAUACAAGAUCGUCAACCAUAUUUGGACGAACGGAAAGAUAAAAGCGAACCCAAAGCGACAAAACAAAGGCAACCUAACAUUGUAAUUUUAGGGGAUUCAAUCAGGAAUCCCCGACGAAUUCAGCAAGGAAUUGACCAAAAGGUGUCAAUAAAAACCUUUCCUGGGGCUGGUGUUGACGAAAUGACCCACUAUGUUAAACCGACGCUCCAAAAGAAACCAAAGCAUAUUAUCCUUCACAUAGGUACCAAUGACCUGCAAACGAAAUCGCCAGAUGCGUUGAUUAAAGCUGUAACAAAACUUGGGGAGGCUAUAACGCAAGAAAUAAGUUGUACUGAACUUACGCUGUCGGAAGUCAUCAUAAGAACCGACGAUUUACAACUUGCUGAUAUG